ACUAUGAAGUGGAAGCAACACGUGGAGAGGUCGUGCCAGAAUAAGUACCAGUGACAACCAGCAGCCGUUUAGAACGCCCUUCAAUGGGUCAGUGACUUCAUUCCAAAACGAAAAUUUGCAUCAAAUCUUGAACAUGAAGUUUACAUACAAGUUCUCAAAUCUGCUGGGAACAGUUUACAGAUUAGGAGAUAUAAUAUUCUCCCAUGAUGGCAACACUGUGAUAUGUCCUGUUGGCAAUAAGAUCUCAGUGUAUGAUCUCCGCAACAACCGUGCCCACACACUGCCCAUUGAAGCCAGAUAUAACUACACAACACUGGCACUGGCUCCAAAUGGCAUUAUUUUGAUAGCUGCAGAAGAAGAUGGGGAAGUGCACAUCAUCAACCUGAACUUCCGCAAUGUUUUGUAUCGCAAACGCUUCAAUCGGCCAAUCAAGAAUAUAAAGUUUAGUCCAGAUGGCAAGCAUUUUGCCCUGACAAAAGAGAAUGGAGUGUUUGUGUAUAUUGCUCCUGGUUCCAAUAAGAGAAUCUUUGACCCCUUUGUGCUGGAGAGAGUGUUCCAUGGAGCCUUUGAUGACACAACCUGCUUGGACUGGUCUCAUGAUUCCAGGCUGCUUGCUGUUGGCUCUCGGGAUAUGACUACUCGCAUUUGUGCAUUUACAAAAUUUAAAAACCUAAAGGAAUAUUCAAUUGGUGGAAUCAAAGAUACAGUUGUUGGAGCAUUCUUUGAAGAAAAGACGUACGACUUGUGUACGGUUAGUGCAGAUGGCCACAUCAAUGCUUGGGACUGCAGUGUAGAAGUUGAUGGCCUUAUCCCAGAGCAGGAUUUAUACAAACCGAAGAAUAAGAAUGCUGCAGAUGAAGGAGAGGAUGACAUUCUCUUACCUGAGGAAGAGGAAAAUACAACCAAAGAACCAAAGGAAGAAAGUGACUCAGACCUGCUCAAGGUGUUUUAUAGGCGGCGCUUUCGUAUAUUCAUGGACACCCACUUGGGCAAGCGUAAGGUGUCUGUUACAGCUGCUCAGUACCACAAACAUAUCAACAUGCUGGUGGUGGCUUUUGCCUCAGGAGACUUUGUAAUGCUAGAUAUGAAAGACAAAGGUGCUGUAGUGCAUUCCCUCAACAUCUCCAAGCAGACCAUCACAAGUGUGGCAAUGAACCACAGUGGUGACUGGAUUGCUCUUGGUGUAUCCUCCCUUGGACAGCUUGUAGUUUGGGAGUGGCAGAGUGAAAGCUUUAUCCUGAAGCAGCAGGGUCACUUCAACAACAUGAGAGUUGUGGUGUACUCUCCAGAUGCCCAAAAUUUAGCAACUGGUGGGGAAGAUGGAAAGGUUAAGCUGUGGUCCUGCCAGUCUUCAUUUUGUUUUGUGACUUUCUCAGAGCACACAGCAGCAGUGACAGGUUUGGCCUUCACCCAGAGUGGUAGGGCCAUCAUAACAUCAUCUCUCGAUGGUACUGUGCGAGCAUUUGAUCUGACGCGCUAUAGAAACUUCAAGACACUGACUUCCACUCGACCAACCCAGUUUUCUUGUGUUACUGUUGAUAGCAGUGGGGAACUUGUGGCUUCGGGGAGCCAGGACAGCCAUGAUAUAUACCUUUGGUCACUCCAGACUGGAAGAUUGUUAGAAGUUUUGGCUGGACAUGAGGGUCCUGUUGUGAGUGUUCAGUUUUCUAGCCAACCAGGCAGCACUCUGAUGGUUUCCACAGGAUGGGAUGGCACUGUCAAGGUCUGGGAUGCAAUAUCCAACACUACAUCCAGGGAAUCCAUCAGUCUAUCAUCAGAUGGUUUGUGUGUUUGUAUUCGUCCUGAUGGCAAGCAGAUUGCUGUUGCCACUAUGGAUGGCCAGAUCACCUUGUUUAAUCCCUCCACUGGCCAGCAGGAGGGUAACAUUGCAGGAAGAAAUGAUUUGGGUGCUGGCAGAGCUGAUGCUGAUAAAAUUACUGCAAAAAAGAACUUACAAGCAAAGUCAUUUACUAGCAUCUGCUACAGUUCUGAUGGAAAGUGUCUCCUAGCAGGAGGUCAGGGUAAAAAUGUCUGCAUCUACAGCAUUGAUGAUGAACUCUUGAUAAAGAAGUUUGAAAUUACUCAGAACAGAUCUUUUGAUGCAAUGGAUGACAUCAUAAACCGUCGAAAAAUGGCAGAAAAUGGCAUUAACUUAGCAUUAGUAGAGGAAAGAGAUGGGGAGGGCAGUGAGAAGGUGGCCAUUAAACUGCCUGGCACACGUCGAGGAGACAUGUCUCUAAGAGCUUUCAAGCCAGAAGUUCGUGUUAGCUCUCUAACAUUCUCUCCAACUGGGAGGAGCUGGGCAGCCAGUACUAGUGAAGGACUUUUAGUCUAUUCUCUUGACAAUGAUUGGCUUUUUGAUCCACUGGACCUUGACUUCUCCAACACCCCCUCAGCUGUCAAACAGAAGUUGAAAGAAAAAGAUUACUCAACAGCUCUAAUGAUGGCUGUACGUUUGAACAUCAACUCCCUGAAACAAGAGGUCAUUGAAACCAUUCCUGUAGAAUCAAUUAAUGUUGUGGUGAGCAACCUAACACAGUUAUAUGUGGAAGGAGUACUUGCUUAUGUGGCAGAAGCUAUAGAAUCUACUAGACACAUUGGACUCUACAGCCACUGGGCUACAGCACUGGUUACCUCCCAUGGCCACAACCUGAAAACUCGCUCCCCUCAAAUUAUGAAUGUCCUUAAUGGACUACAAAAAUCUCUUGUUCUUCACCAUACUAACUUCAGUAAAAUAUGCAGCCACAAUGAAUAUAUGUUGAGCUAUCUUCUCUCUCAAGCAUCACUGAGAAAGAAACGAAAGACUGAUACUAGCUCUAAAGAAGAAGAAUGUUUAGAUGAAGACUCCCAUGUAGUGCCCAGUGAAGAACAGAUGGAGGAUCUAUUUGAUGAAGAUCUCAGUCUAUGAAACUGGCAAAAUUCAUGGGGUGAUUUUCUUAAGCUCCAUCAUUCUGUGCAAGUUGGUCACCUUCUCCCGUGGCUUACCCAGCUUGGCCCCAGCUAGCAUCUCAUGUUGGUCGAGCUGUUGCCACUGCUUGAAGGAUACUAUCCUUACACCUGAGAGAGAGAAGUUGUAUUAUGAAUUUAUAAAUAAAUAUAAAUGUGA